UCUGCGUCUCCCUUUGUCUCGUGCCAGAGUGUCUCGUUCCAGUCGUGCACCCCAGCCAGUUAUCACAGUUCAUGCCUUGUGUCUGCCUUUUCGUAUUUAUUCUUUACCUCUAAGCGAGUGAUUUUUUUGUUGGAGUUUUUAUAGUAUACAGUUUCUGUUUGUCAAGUUUAUUGCAGUUUUUGUAGCCUCCUUGUGGAGUGAUUUUCUGUUGGUUUAUUCCUUUUUGUUUCCGCAGUUUUAUCCCUCCAUUUGGAGUGGUUUUUGUUUAUUAGAUUUUUUUCCCGGAGAGGUUUAAUCUUAUCUAGAUAGCAUAGUUUUCAUAGCCGGUUUUAUUUUGUCACUCUCCAGAGGUUGGACUAUUUAAAUAAAGUCUGCCUAAUUGUCACUCUGCAUCUGAGUCCUCUCUAUAGUCCAGGCCUGACAGCAUAUUUCACAGGUCUUUACUGUUAUUACACAAACGGACACUCAGUGAAGUCCCUGAUUCCCACACUUCCUGUUUUAAAUAUUCAUUCCUCAUUCACAGCGUAUACACAAACACACAGAGGUCUGCUCUGGAUGAGCUGCUCAUCAUCAUCAUCAUCAUCAUUUGACAGCUGAGAUGGGUGUUGGUCUGAUGCCUGUCGCUUUGCUAAUCGCAGUGAUGCAAGGUGUCUUCAGUAAAACCUGGGAUGUGACGCUGCCUCAGAGCAUCGUGAGCAUCACUAACUCCUGCUUCACAGUCCCGUGUCGCUUCGAGGUCCCCGACGAUCAGGAAGCAAACCUCCUGAACUGCUCGGACAGGGGUCUUUGGAGGAAAGGAACACUCUCUGGUCCCGUCGUGUUAGAUUCACAAAAUCCUUUCAAUAACAAAGUACAAGGGCAAAUAGUUGGGGACUUAACAAAGAAGAACUGCACCACAGUGUUCUCGAGCUUCCCAAAGGACUACGGCGACAUGUACUUCUUCAGGCUGGAAUGUCCGAACGCCAUCAAAUACACGUUCAGUGAUGGAGUCAUGAUCACCUUUCAGCCAGCCCCGCCUCCUCCCUCGCUCACCUUUGUGAGUCACGUGUCAGAGGGAGCCCAGGUGAGGCUGCAGUGUUCGGUCCCAGUGCUGUGCUCCAUCCUGCCCCCCUCCCUCACCUGGCUCCCCCGGGACAGCUCCAGACAGGAGGACACACAAAUGCUGCAGACUGCAGAUGGGCACAUGAUGAUGACAUCCACACUGACCUUCAAGGCCACAGCCGACCAUCAGAACCAGAGCAUCGUCUGCUCGGUGUCCUACCCGCUGUCACAAGGGGGCAGCACUGAACCGUCUGCAGCAACUCAGAGACUCAACAUCCUGUAUGUUCCUAGAUUCACUACGGCAACACUCAGCACAUCUGGUCCUGUUUCUGAGGGACGCACUGUGAUCUUCACAUGUUCAAGUGAUGCCAACCCCCCUGUGAGCCGCUACAGCUGGCACAGAGACAACCAUGGAACGCUGACUACGAUCGGACAAGGAGAAACGCUGGUCCUACAGGUCAGCCAGGAGGACAGCGGGGUGUAUCUGUGCGAAGCUCAAAACUCGAGGGGCUCUGACAGGUCCAGACCGUUGUCUCUGGAGGUCAGCGCCACUAAAGGCAGAAGUGAGGAUUUAAUGGUGGUUCCCUACAUUAUAUGUGGAGUGGUGUUGGUCCUCUACAUCCUGACUGUUGUUGUCGAUUUGUACAAGUAUCAAAGUCUUUCCAGGAGGCUGAAGCAGAUUGAGGUGAAGGGGGAACACACCUACACUGAUCUGAGGACCAUCAGUGUCACCUCUGACUAUGACCAACUCCAGUUUCGACAGUCUAAAACGAAGCCGUCUCCUGAACCUUCAGACUAUGAGAACGCCGCUGCCACCGCCAAAUCAGACCUGAAUGCAUGAGUUGAAGUUUUCAAUAAAGUGGUUUAAAUAUA